UUCACUUCCAGCAGAACUAUAAAACCGCAACACAUUUCCUUUGCCUUUUUGAAUCCCGAAACCUACACUCCUCGCCCGCCAACUGGUGCAAGCUCAAAACUCCCAAAUCAAAUCAGCCCGGAUAAGAGAAAACCUCAAUCUUCGUUCAAAAACAUGGACUGGGCAUCAUACGGCGAUUACCCCAUAUCAGAAUCGGACUCGGAUUCAUCCUCCGACUACUACUGGUACUACAGCUCCGACGAGUACGAAUGGCCGCAUCCCGGCGCUAGGAGCAGGAUGCCAUCUAUUUGGAGGCCUCCUCAGCCCCCUAUGAUGCUUCGCGGCCCGGCCCGCCCUGCCCCGCGUCCUGCUCCUACAUAUGAUCCUCCCAUGGGUCCUCGCCGUCCUAUUCCUCGCCGUAACCCUCGGCGUCUGAGAGGGAGGUUCCAUGUUCCUGGGCCACUGGAUAGUGAUAGCGAUGACGAGGGAUAUAGUAGUGACUAUGAUUGGCCUCUUGCGCCACCUACGCCGCCUGGUCGCUCGUAUUACCGAGGAUAUUGGGACUAUUAG